AUGCAUCGUCAUGGAGCAAUGUAUAAUAAUGUUCAUACACAUUAUCCUCCUUUUCCUUAUCGUCAUCAUGGUAUUAAUGUUUGUUCAUCAUAUGACAUUGCAGAACCAUUACCAAUAUCCGAUAUGAAUAUGUGUGCUUCACCAUAUUGUCAAGAUUAUGCUUAUAGACGAGGUAUUCCAUAUAUCGAUUCUCCAUAUUAUGAUUAUGCUCCACGUAUUCUUCCACGACAAGUUCCACCACCACUACCACCAAUAGCUCUAACAAAUGUUCACAAUGAUAUUUAUUAUAUGGUUGAUGAUUCUGAUAACGUAUAUGAUGAUGAAUAUGGAAAUCCUUAUAGAUUAUCUCGAUCGAAAGUUCAACUUGUUGAUAUAGCUCCAAAAACAAAUAUACGAACAAGUCCUAGUCGUUUAGUUGUAUCAACACAUCAAGCAAAUCAUGAACCACCAGAGCGAAUUAUUAUACCUCGUUCAACCGCCGUACGACAGAGAUCCCUUCCUGCAUAUGAAAGACCAAAACCUGUACGAUUAGUACAAUUAUAUAAUUCAGCAGAUCCUCGAUAUGUCGUAUCGAAUCGAAGACCAAUGGCAAAAAAACUUCUUCCACUUGCAACUGUUUCACAUCGUCCACAAAAGAGAACUAUUAAAGUACGCUCAUUAUCACCAUAA